AUGUCCAUCCAUGGUCCAGCGUCUGCUUUCCACGUGCCUCCGUCGACGAGGUCGGUGCCCAGCGGACUGAGCGUUGCAGCCGACAGCCCAGUAUCUGUGCGCAACCAACAGCAAACAGAUGACGAACUCCGUCGCGAGCUCUUCGCGUAUUCUGCGCUAGAGUUUCAGAAAGAGUAUACCUACAUGUCAGAACGAAAGAUCGAUCUCGAUGGCCUCGAUUGGGAGACCGCGGACCAUUUGUUCCAGCUGCACUGGAAUCACCACCACCUUGGAUUCUUGAUCACUUAUCGACCAGCCAUCAUGCAGAGUCUCGCGACGGGCGGGCCACAUUGCAACAAGUUACUACUCAAUGCGAUCUACUACACGGCCGCCUUGCAAAGCAGUCGACCCAAUAUGCGCGACGACCCUGCACAUCCCCAGUACCUCGGCACCAAGUUCUUCCAUCGUUUUCAGUCAUUAGUAGCUUCGGAGCUGCAGACGUCAUCUACGGCCACUAUCGCAGCGCUCGUGUUAAUGGGAUCGUCAUGCGUGUCAAAUGGCAGACAAACAAUCGGCUGGUUGUAUGCAGGACUCUCAUACCAGAUGAUUGUUGAUCUUGGUCUGCAUGUCGAUCCUGACAAGGUACAAAUGUCCAGUCUUGUACCAAGUAAACCUCCUAUCCCAAUGACAGCAGUUGAUCUUGAAAUCCAACGACGUUACAUCUGGGCCGCCUAUCUGAACGACCGGUUUCAGUCGCUGUACUUCGGCCGGCCUCCGAGCCUCCGCAUGAUCGAAGGUGUGGAGACGUCGCAGACUGUCCUCGACGACUAUGAAGAACUGGAGCUGUGGAAGCCAUACAUUGACCCCACGGGCGCAGAUAUUCCAGUGAACUUCACUCCACAGCCGGCGCGAGCCAUCUCUACAAGGGCAGCGCUCGUUCGACUUGCAGAAAUCACUGACCAGAUCAUUGAGAGCUUCUAUACGCCUAAGUCGGGAAGGAUGUCCACGGAUGCGGCACACUGCGAAGUCCAACGGCUGCAGCACCAGCUCGACUUUUGGGCCGAGACUCUACCAGUACACCUACGCUAUGAGCCGGGAGAUCUACCAGUUCCACCGCCCAUACGAUUCAAUUUACACACCACUUUCAGCCUCCUACACAUCCUCCUGCACCGCCCUUUCCUCCGCGACGGGCACCUUGAGGCCCUCAACGUAGACGAGUCCACCCGACACGACAUCUGUGUCACCGCCGCAUUGCGUAUCUACAACCUGGCCCGAAUCUACCGUGACGUCUUCACGUUGCGCCGAGCAACCUACCUCUUCAGCUAUGCCGUGUUCUCCGCCGCAACUGUCUUGCCGAUGCACACGUCUCCAGCGUCGGACGCGACUGAUGAGCGCAAGGAGAUUGUUGUAUUCUUCUGGAACGCGCUCAAGGAACUCCAAAACGGCGCAAAUUUCGGCCUGCGUAAGACCAUCCGUAUCAUUGGCGGCAUGUUUGAGCGCGCCGGCAUCGACCUCAAUGCCUUGCCGCUGACGGACAAGAGGCCCCACAGCUACCACCAAUCUUAUGACGAAGGUCUCCGCGCCAGUUCCGACCCGUCUGCCAACGUCAAUGCUCAAAAUCUACCGGUGCAGCCCGCAAGCGGGCUCGACAUGCUCGCCGUCGAGAGUUUCAAAGACUUCUACAACGACCUCUCCAUCGAAAACAUCGACUGGCCAGCCUUUGUUGACGUCGAUGCCAAUCAUGACAACGAUGAGUUGCUCUAUGGACUUUUCCGGGCUGGAGACGGCAGCAUAGACGCCUCACUGGGUCUUCCGUCCAGGUCUCAUAGUCCGCGGUGA